GCGCGCGUGCAUGCUUGCUUAGAUAUGCGUGCGUGCCAGCGCCAGUGUGAAAUCACAUUAGUAGUCACUAGCUCGCGAGCGCCGGCCGGAGAUGAUGUCGACGAUGGCGGAGCUGGCAUGGCGCUUUGCGGCCGCACACGUCCUGCUGUUGCCCGCGGCCGUCGGCGGCAUCGCCUACCUCCUCCUCCGCGCUCUACGUGCUUCACAACUCCGGCAGGAUUGCAGGAGCCCGCCGCCGGGAGGCAUCGGCGGCUGGUGCCGGGGCGCGGUCGGGGCGGAGACGCUGUCCUUCCUGGCCGACAACAGCAGCGGCAGGGGCUUCUACCACUUCGUCCACGCCCGCGCGCUCCGGUACGGCGCCUGCUUCCGCACCGUGCUCUUCGGCCGCACCCACGUCUUCCUCCUCUCCUCCCGCGCGCGCGCCGCCGCCGCCAGCCUCCUGGCCGCCGACCCGCCCCACUUCGCCAAGCGCUACGUGCGCACCGUCGCCGACCUGCUCGGCGAGCACAGCCUCCUCUGCACCUCCCACGGCGCCCACCGCCGCAUGCGCCGCGCCGUCGCGGGCCUCUUCGCCUCCGCGCCCACGGCCGCCUUCGCCGCCGCCUUCGACCGCCUGAUCACCGCCCGGCUGCUGGCCGACGGCUGCAAGGGCCAGGCCGUCGUGCUGGACGCCGCGCUCGACGUCACCUUCAGGGCCAUCUGCGAGAUGCUCAUCGGGCCACGGGACGACACGCGCGAGCUGGAGCAGCUGCAGAGCGACGUCAUGGACGUAACGCAAGCCAUGCUCGCGCUGCCAAUCAGGCUGCCUCGAACAAGGUUCUACAGAGGCCUACAGGCAAGGAAGAGGAUCAUGGAUGCACUGAGGCAAGAAAUAUCCACGAGGCGAGAAAAUGGCCUGAAACUAGAUCACCGGGACGACUUUCUGCAGACCCUUCUUCUCAAGAGCCAUAUGGAUUCACCUGAAGAAGCGCUCACGGAUGAACAGAUUCUGGAUAACAUUUUGACACUCAUAAUUGCAGGGCAAGUGACAACAGCAACAGCAAUUACCUGGAUGGUCAAGUACCUGGGCGACAACACAGAUCUCCAAGAGAAACUAAGAUCAGUUCAGCUGGAUCUGGCAUCCAAGCACAAUGAUGCACCUCUUACCCUACAACAUCUGAACACCAUGGACUACGCAUACAAGACGGUCAAAGAAUCCUUGAGGAUGGCCACCAUAGUUUCUUGGUUUCCAAGGGUGGCACUCAAGGACUGCCAGGUUGCAGGAUUCCACAUUAAGAAGGACUGGCUCGUAAAUGUCGAUGCGAGAUCCAUACACUAUGAUCCAACCAUCUAUGACAGUCCGACAGUGUUUGAUCCUUCCAGGUUCAAUGAUGAUAUGAAGCCAUACAGCUUCUUGGCAUUUGGAGCAGGCAGCAGAACAUGCCUGGGGAUGAACCUUGCCAAGAUUAUGAUGCUAAUAUUCCUUCAUCGCCUUGUCACAAAUUUCAGAUGGGAAAUGGCAGACCACGAUACAAGCCUUGAGAAAUGGGCAAUGUUUCCGAGGCUAAAGAAUGGCUGCCCAAUUCAGCUCACGCCGAUACGCAAGGACAAGAUGCACUGAUGAUGCACAUCUAGUAAAUCUGUCAGGAUAUGCAUCCAGUUAUGAAGCUAUGUGAUUUUCCUUGGUUGUUACAUACUCCAACAGAUGAAACAAAUUCUUAAUUCCUUCUUUUGGAUGAGCCAAGAUCAAGCCUAGCUAGCUGAUAAUUUCAAAAUAAAGUCAAAUAAAAGAAAGGGACAAUGAAGUGCUGCUGGUCUUUCUGAUAUUUUUAUUGACAUGUAUGCAUGCAGAUGAUAACUAGGUGCAAGCAGGGCAAACCCUCAGAAAUUUCUUUCAAAGCUGAGAUGAAUUAAAACCAACAGAUCGUCAAAGUCUCAGCCAAUGCAGAUAUGGAUCGGACUGAAUCAUCAAUCAAUCUGCAUACAAGAAAUGAACUGACCAAAGCUGGAUUCAAUCCAGCAUAGUUUCCCUCCCCUAUUUAAAAAAGGGUCGAUGAAGAAUGUGUUUGGAAUAUGCCCAAGAUGCUACCCAUGUUCAAUGAUUUAUUUAGUAAUGUACUUGAACAA